GCUUUAUUUUCACCCCAAGAAGUGUAUACAAGACAAAAAAGUGUAAGAAGGAUAAGAAUGUGUUUGUUCAUGAAUCAUAGAUUCUUCUCAUAACCAAAUAUAGCUUGACAUGCGGGGGGGAAAUCAAAUCUACAUCAAACACUUAGAAGAGCUUGUUGGAGCGCUUGUAGUAGCCGGUAGGCUUAGCGGCGCCGGAGGCGGUGCCGUUGGUGGGGUAGGGGGCAACAGUGACGGUGGUGGAAAGGGUGACAACGUCCUCAUCGGCGGGGCAGUCAUCCUCCUCGUCGUCCUCGCCGUCAGCACCGACAUCACCGGUGGUGACGGGGGCCUCGGCGGAAGCGGUCUUGCUGGCGCUGGCGGAGGGGGUGGCAGCGGGGGCAGAGCCACCGAUGGUAACGUAGACGGUGGAGGCGGGGAUGGUGACGGUCACAGCGGAGGGGCAAGCGCACUGGCCGUCAGCACCGAGGGUACCGCUGGGAGAAGCAGACUCGGCGGUCUGGCCGGGGCGCUUGAUGGUAACGGUGCGGGUGCCGGUGGAGGUGGCAGUGGUGGUGGUAGUGGGCUCCUCGCCGGCGCCGGUAGCAGAGCCAGUGGGCUUGGUAACGACGAUGGUGGACUCAAUGGUGGUGGGGAUGGCGGUGGUGACGACGGAAGCGGUGGAGCCCUUGCCGACGGUCAUGGUAAGGGUCUUGGUAGAGAUGAUCUCGGUGACGGUGGUCUCGACAUCGCCAUCCUCAGCGGGGCAGUCAUCAUCCUCCUCCUCAUCGUCGCCGCCAGCUGUAGGGGGGCUGGUGACGGUAGGGUCCUGAGCAGAGUUGGUGACACCAGCGGUGGACAGGGGGAUGGAGGGAGCGGCGGUAGGGGUGGUGAUGACGGGAGCGGUGCGGGUAGAGCCCUGGAGACCGCCGGUAGAGUGCUGCUGAACCAGAGACUUGGAAAGGCUGGCAGCCUCGGUGACGGGGCAGACAACCUCGGUCAAGACAACGGUGUUGGUGACAACGUAGGUAGAGAGGUCAGAGGCGGAGAGGGUAGCGCUGCGGGCAGGGCAGUUGGUGAUGGUAGGGGCGCAAGAGGUGACGGUGGCAACCUCGGUGACCUCGACGGUGAGAGUGGUGUAGCCGGCGGGAGCGGUGGUGUUGUCGCGGCGCCAGUGGAAGUGGCGGGGCUGGUAAGCGGAAGCGCUGGCGAGGGAGGCCAUGAGGCCAACGGCGGCGAUGGAGGACUUCAUUUUGAUAGUUGUGUAUGGAUUGUUUCCAACGACUCUUUAGAUAUCUCCACGAGGGUAGACGGUUUUGCUUGUUCGGAUCGGGGAUCGUAAAAGGGGCGAAAGAUCAAUUUCGCGGGGAUGUUUCUCAAAGGUGUUGGCUGCAAGACACAGUUUGCGCAAAUGAACGAAUGGUAUACUCGAUAGAGAGCGUGGGUGAGGCUGAAUGAAUGGAAUGUGUCCGAAGACUGACAACGAAAGACUGUGCGGUGGAGAGAGAAAGGUAGGAAGAGUAGGUGGAAGAGAGGAAGGGCGAGAUGAUAUUUAGAAGGGGAGAGGGAGGUCAGAGUCCUUUUAGGCCGUGGA